GCCGCCCCUCGGCACAGCCCGCCGGCCGCGGAUGCGACGCUUCGCCCCGGCUGCCGGCGAAGGAAGAAAAGUUUGGGGGCGACUUAGGGCCGCGGGAGCGCCGGAGGAGAAGGCGGAUGCGCGGUUUCCCCGGCUGAUCGGGAAGGAAGGAUGACCGAGGAGGAUGUGCACCAGCAGCCAGAUCAUCGGGAGCCUCCUGGUGCUCUCCGUGCUGGAGAUAGGGUUAGGGGUAUCCAGCGUGGCCGUGGGGGCGGUCAGUUUCAGCUUGGUCCUCACAGAGCAUAAACCUCAGCUGGGAGACUCUUCUCCGUUUCUACUUUGUGGCAUAUGCGGAAUACUGUGCGCCAAAAAAAAAUCUGGACUUGUCAUGAUACUUUUUUCUGCCUGUUGCAUCUGUGGACUAAUUGGAGGAAUCUUAAAUUUUCAAUUUCUUCGUGCUCUGACAAAGAAGUCCUCUGCUCUCUAUUCUUUGCAUCUUGCCUCCAUGUCUCUUGCAUGCAUUGGAAUUGGUGGUUGCACCCUUUCUUCAUGGCUCACUUGUCGGCUAGCCAGCUAUGAACAAAGGCGAAUGUUCUCAGAGAGAGAGCAUUCAUUGCAUCACUCCCAUGAAAUGGCAGAAAAAAGAUUGAGGGGUAUUGAAAUAACCGACCUGCCCAGCUGCCCGGUGGUUCCCCCGACACCAGAGUUACCUCCAAGGAAAUGACAGACAACAUAAGCAAUGGUGGCCCACAUUUGAUUUACAAUGGAAGUGUAUACUAAGAGAUUUUAAAGGUUCAUUGGAAUGAAGUAUUUUUAGGAUUUUCUUCAGGAAAAAAAAUGACUCCAAGAAAUUGAGAAAAUGGAACUAUCUUAGCUUUUAUGGCUCAAAUGUCACAACUGCAGAACAGCACAGUUGCAUUUCCCUUUUAGAAACAUAUUCAAAAUCUGUCUCCUACGUAU